UAUAGAAACACCCCUCCCCGUGGUCAAGGUCUUCUUAUCCACAUCCCUCCUCGACCAGCGCCCCCAUCCCUCCACCCCGAUGUCGCGCAGCGCUGCAGCUGUUGCCGCUGCUGCCGGUCGGCCGUUCUGCGCGAAGCCCGACAUCGAGGGCGGGACCGCGGAGGUGUCGACGGAGCCGAAGAUCUGCUCGCGGAUGUCCUCGAAGCCGUGGCCGGGGUCCGAGUCGCCGUAGCCGGCCUUGUCGGUGACGAAGAUCUCCGGGCCCGCUCCAAGGCCUCCGGCGCCGCCGCCGCCGCCUUCGACGCCAGGUCCAAGGCAGCCACCCGGGACGACGAGCCGCAGCUGCAGCCAAGGUCGCUCUGGGACCCACCCUACACGCCCAACCCCAAGAUCCUCGACUGGGACGAGCAGCGGGCCGCCUGGAACCGCCGCCACCCGGAGACCCCGCCCUUCCUCAACGACGUCAAGCCGCGGGUCAUGCUCGUCACGGGGUCCUCGCCCAAGCCCUGCGAGAACCCCGUCGGCGACCACUACCUCCUCAAGUCCAUCAAGAACAAGAUCGACUAUUGCAUUUCUGUAGUUUCUGUUGAUGCCAUCUAACAUAUUAAACUAUAACCUCUGAUUACUUCAACUCAACAGGCUGAUGGGUUACUACAUACUACCUGUGGGACACCGAACUAUGUUGCUCCUGAGGUUAUUGAAGAUAAGGGCUAUGAUGGUGCGUUUGCAGACCUUUGGUCUUGCGGGGUAAUUCUUUUUGUGAUGCUUGCUGGAUAUCUGCCUUUUGAGGAUGACAACGUCUCAGCCCUUUAUAAAAAGAUCUCUGGAGCUCAGUUUACUUGUCCCUCUUGGUUUUUUGAUGGAGCUAAAAGACUGAUUCCCAGGAUUCUGGAUCCUAAUCCGUCAACUGUAAGAUUUUUUUACACAAAUUAGGAAAAUUUUGUGAAACCCAAACAAGUUCACGAAACAUAUGUGAUAACUUGAUCGAUCUUGUCAUGUUCUUCCCUGCACUAUGGAGGUAACAUACGAACGAGAUACAUGGGAUGCAGUAUUUCACAGGUUCAUCCAGAGAAACGAAUAUGUAGCCAAGAGAAACAUGUUUUUUCAGAUCCUUUUCUAUCGCUGUGCUCUCUUUCACUUGGUUUAAAUACAGGUCAACACGUUAGUUUUUUGUCUAGGCUCUUUCUUGUAGCCAUCCCGGUGUUCAAGACCCGGCAAGGCCAGGCUAAUUCUGGUGCUUUCUUCUUUCCUGCUCUGAACUGUGUAAUGAUGGUGGCAAAUCUGUUGGUACGCGUAGAAACAACAAGCAGCCAGCACGCGACACCGAGCCACCACGCGCCUCCUCCCCUGCCGCUCCGUCGUCUGCCGGGACGACGUGCUGGGCCUUGCUGGACGGCGAGGACCAACGGAUCAAUGGCCGUCCACCCUAGGCCAAGAGAAAACAAAGCGCCAUGAUAGGCAGCUCCACGGUGUUGAUAUGAUACGUCAGAAAAAGCAGUGUGCAGGCAUCCCAAUUCGCUCCAGAUGACUCAUUUAUUCCACUGAAAAUACACUCGCUCUAAACGACAUCACCAUUAAAUUAUUUGAUCUGCCCAUGUUAUGUCAGCUUUGAUUCAGUUGCAAUUGAGUUUGUGUUGUUAUCAAGGAAGAAUAUUGUUCUCAGUUAUGAUGACUAAAUAACUGCCUGCUUA